UCCCAUAGUUCGCAAAUCAAAUGUCCGAAGCGGCCCCUGAGCCAAAACGUGUUCCAAGCGUGUUGAUCGUCGGAGGCGGUCUCGGCGGCCUCAUGCUAGGCAACCUGUUGGAACAAAUCGGUGUUCCUUACCAUAUCCUCGAACGGGCCACCGAGCUGCGCGCUCUUGGAUCUGUUAUGACUAUUGGUCCGAACAUCAUUCCUGUCUUUGAGCAACUGGGUCUGAUGGAGGAGAUCAAUAAGUUCUCGCUGCCCUGUCAGUCCCUAGAUAUGUACAGCAGUGACAUGAAGAAGAUUGGUGCAAUCGAUCUGUCGUCGCAUAAAGCAGCUUCCGGGAACGAGAACUUGCUGUUUACAAGACCACAGCUUUAUGACCUCAUGCUGAAGCAGGUUCCCACCAGCAAGAUGAGCCUCAACAAGAAGUUCCUUUGCUUCGAAGAAAAAGAAGGCAGGAUUAUCAUUCAUUGCUCCGACAACACCAGUUAUGAGGGAGAUAUCCUUGUCGGAGCAGACGGUGCCUACAGCGGCGUGCGCCACAGUCUGUAUAAGCAGAUGGAUGAGAAGGGUAUCCUUCCCAAAAAAGAUCUUGAAAAACUUUCGGUUGGAUAUGUGAGCAUGGUCGGUGUCGCCAACCCGUCGAAUCCAGAAAAGUACCCGCAGCUGAAGGACGACAUUUCACAUUACUCAAUUGUUCAUGGACCUGAUGCUCGUAGUUGGGGUGUAUUCAGUGUGCCCGGCAAUCAGAUCUGCUUCAUGCUCAGCUACCAGCUCUCAGCUGCAGAGGCCAAGGACCAUGCAUUCCGCAAUUCCGAGUGGGGUCCUGAAGCGAACGACGCCAUGCUCAAGGAGUUCUAUGAGGAACCUUGUCCCUGGGGCGGCAAGAUGGGCGAUAUCUUCGAUGCAACACCCAAGGAGUUGAUUUCAAAGGUGUUCCUCGAGGAAAAGCUCUUCAAGACGUGGUACCACUCACGGACGGUUCUUAUUGGUGAUGCCUGCCACAAGAUGCUUCCGGGUGCCGGUCAAGGAGCGGUGAAUGCGAUGUUUGAUGCCGUCGUGCUUGCAAACUGCAUAUACAACAUGCCCGAUGCAAGCGCGAGCAGUAUCACGGACGCGUUUGAAGAGUACUAUAAGCAACGCUUCAGUCACACAGAGCUGCAGUUUGAGCGCAGCAGCAGCAUGUCCAAGACUCUCGGUGGCCA